GUAUCCACACGUUCCCAAUAUUAUUUGAAAUUCUCAAAUAUUGAUUUUUUUUUAAUUUUCGAAUAGAUAAUCUAUAGUUUUAUAUGUAAAGCUUAAUUCACCUAAUAAAUUCGAAUUAACUCAAGCUUUUUGAGAAUGAGUAUAGUAAGCAAAUCAGAUUCAAUACCAGAUUUCACUGAAGAAAUAUCUCGAGGAAGUUCUGUUUCAACUGGAUUUGUUAAUGAAUACGAAGAGAUACUAAAAUAUGCAAUAGUCACUCCAAAGAUGCAAGGGACCCAAAAUUUUUAUAUAAAUAAACCUGAUCUUGAAAUUAAGGAACCAUCCAUUUCAACAUCUAAAAAUGACAACAUUAACAGCAAAAGUCAGCAUGAAAUGAUUCAAAGUUCAGAUGUUAAACCAAAAAAUACUUUAUCAAAAAAAAGUUUAGAUGCAAAAGAUAAAAGUGACAACUUAGAAAGGUGUAGUGGUCUUCGAUCAAGUGCUUUAGAUUCUUUGUUAGAAUAUUCUACUACACCUGUUAACAACAGUUCUACAAACAAAUUGAAAGUGGAGUCGAAAUUAAAUACAGGUCUAGUUGCAGUGUCUCCUGAAAUUGAAGCCAUGGUAUCAGCUCAAAAUGGUGAAAGUGACCUUGUACGCAUGGAUAGGAACAUGGAUACUUGGUGUUUGCAGCUUAAAAGAAAUGUUUUGGGAGAACUUGCUGACAUGAAGUUGAUGCAUAUCCAACAGCAAGAGCAAAUGGAACAAGACUUAAAGAACAAAUUCUCUAUUGAAAUAAUGCGUCAUGACCAUGAGUUGGACAGCAUGAGAGAACUAUUGUUUACGUUUGAGCAAAACUCAAAACAAAAAGAUGAAGUUAUUGCAAAUCUUUCUGAGGCUCUCAACAAACAGAAGGAACGGUGUGACAAGAUCAGGUUAUUUAGCAUGUGGAGAUUAAAAUACAAUGAUGAAAAGCGCUUAGCAUUUUGCUCGAAAAUUGCUGACAAAUAUUACAAAAAAGUGUUAUUAUCAACUGUAUGGAGUGCUUGGAGAGGAAUAAUAUCACAAAAGUGGAAACAGCGUGUAGAGAAAGCUUGUCAGAUUAAGUCGCAAGAAGUAUGUUUAAAGCUGUCAGAAGAUUACGAACAAAAACUUCAAUCCCUUCAUCAAGAAUUAAUCAAAGCUCGUGAUGAAAUUUCGAAAAUGCACUCUGAAAGAGAAUGUUAUGAAGAAGCAAUGAAAAAGGCAUUUAUGAGAGGUGUCUGCGCAUUAAAUAUGGAAGCAAUGAGUAUAUUUAAAGGAGAGCCCGACUCAAAUGACAUGUAUAGACGAAGCCAUGUUCCUUGUUCAUCAAAUCCAAUAUCAUCUUGUAAAUCCGAAAAUGAAAAAAUAGAAAAGAUUGUGAAUUUUACUCAAGUUAACGAAAACUUAAAAAAAAAUGAAAAUACUCCAUCCAUAAUUUCAACAACAUCUAUAUCAAAACCCUUCAAUGUAAAGCUUACCGCAACAAAAAGUUGUUCGAAAGCAUCUAAACCAGUUACUGGUCGGAAUCCAAUAACAUCUGUUAAAAUAGAAAGACACGUACCUAUUAUUGAUUCGUAUCCAUACAACACAAAGUCUAAUGUUGAAACUUUAAGCAAAAGAAAACAUUGUUCAAUAUCUUGUGCCAAAGUUGCAAAUUAAGAAUUUAAAUCUCUUUCGUUUUAAUGUAUUUAUUUUAUAUAUUAAUUAUAGCCAUGUUUAAAUAUAAAUAAAUUUUUUAAAA